AAAAAAGAAAACUAAAAAGGGUUAUUCAUGAUAUUCCAAGAAAUUUAAAAGAAUUAGGUUAUCAGAUAAAUGAGAAAGGACAAUUUCUUACAUUAAAAGGAGAAAUUUAUAACUUUGAAGUAAAAGAAAGAGCAUAUAAUGAAGCUUUAUAUGAUGUUAUAAUUGGUAAUUUACUGUUAUUUAGAAACUUUUUGAUGGAAUGGGUUGAAGAUUACAGAAUGAUUUUGGAUUACAAGAAAUCUUGUUGCCUAUUAAUGCAACAAAAGAUGACAUUCAUAGCAAAAUAUAUGUUAGCUUUAAUUUCAAUGGAUGGAUCAAUGAUCUCAUAUGUUAAGCAAGCAAAAGAAAUGGGAUUUCCAGCAAUAAUCAUUAAUCCUAAUGAAGUAUUUUGGUAUAAAGGAAAAGCAGUACACACUUUACCAAAGACAAAUGUGCCAUUUAAAAUAAUCAUGGGAAGUGAGACACCAGAAUCUCAUACCAACUAUGUUUUUGAAAAUUUUGUCAUUUAUGGAGGACAUUGUGCUGUUGAUGUCAUGCAAAACUCUUUUGAAUUGUUGAAAAAUAGAGUAAAAGGAAUAGAAUUUACAGAAACAACACAUUCAAUUGAUUUUAAUUGUAGGAAUUGGCUUAUGUCUAGUGAACCAGCAGGAAGUGAAAUAUGUGAUAGUAGAUUUGGAUGUAUUUCUUUUUCAUCUGGAGUUGAAAAUAAUGAAUUUGUGACAUAUGAGGUUAUUGAUAGAGUUUUUGAGCAUGUUGCUAAGAAGUUGGAACAGUUGGAAAAUGGAGCCACAAAAUCUAAUGAUGAAAAUGAAGGAGAUAUAGAGGAUGGAUAUUUGAUUAGUGAAGCUUUAAAACCAAUUGAUUUAGAAAUUAUCAAUGAAUCAGAUUUACAUGCUCAUAAUCAAGCUAUGAAAGAUGUUAGUAGUAAUGAAACACAUUUUGAAUUGAAAAGGGGAGUUCAUGCUUUAUCCAUUAAAGCUAAAACACCAAAAGGAAUAAAUAGAGAAGAGAACAUUGAUAAAGAGAAAUUGAUGGGUAGAAAAGUAAUGGAAUAA